AUGACCCGUGGAAAUCAACGUGAGUUGGCUCGAGCCAAAAAUGCCAAGAAGGAGGCUACCAAGAAAGGCGCCAACGCCAAAUCUGGCUCCGAGCUGGCGAAGCAGGGCCUAAGCGACGCCGAAAAGAUGCGACAGAAACAAAUGGACGGUCAGUGUGCAUUGCGAAAACAUGCUCCUUUUCCAAGCAUAUUACUCUAG